GGAGUUUGAAGGAAGUAGAAGAAGAAUAAGACGAAGAAAUGCACUUUAUGGUUAGAUGAAACAUUGAGUUGUCAAAUAUGAACUGACAAACCGUGUCAUUAAUGCCAGAAAUCUUCAGUUCUAUCUCAUGAUGAUACGAUGAAAUUUCCGAAAUUUUCAGUCCUCACAAAAAUACUAUGCGCUAGUGCCUUAUCAUCGUAUAUAACAUACUCAUAUGUCACAGUCACAGAAGAAGAAAUGGCCACAAAGUCAUGCGCAGAUGAAUGUCGUUCUCGUGCCCAAAAACUCAAGCUAUACUGCCCACCUGCGAAAAAUUUCAUCGUUACUGGCAACUGGAAAAUGAACGGGGACAAAAAACUGGCAGAAGAAAUCAUAAAGCUCAUAAGAUGUGGCCCCAUUGUCCCUGGUAAUGAUAUAGUCAUUGGAAUCCCAGCUCCGUACUUAGAUUAUUUUCAACAAAGAAAACCAAAAGUCGUAGAAGUUGCCUCUCAAAAUAUCUAUAAAGAAAGUAAAGGACCUUAUACAGGGGAAAUUUCUGCGGAUAUGUUGAUAGAUAUUGGAGUGAAAUGGGUUAUUCUGGGGGCUUCUGAACGAAGAAUGUUUUUCAAUGAAGAUUAUGAUUUCAUUGGAGAAAAGGCUAAAUAUGCUUUGGAGAAGAACCUUAAACUGGUUAUCUGUAUUGGCGAAAAUGCUGGCGAGAGGGAAUGCAAAGAACACGUUAAAGUUGUUAUCGAACAAUUGGAAACUUUAUUGAGGUACAUACCAAAAUCUAAAUGGAAACAUUUGGUGUUGGCUUACGAACCUUUAUGGACAGUUGGCACAGGAAAAGCAAUAACGGUUGAUGAGGCAACCGAAAUGGCCCUAGCUAUAAGAGAGUGGGCUACGAAGACAAUCGAUGAAGAUUCCGCGAAUCUACUCAGGAUACAAGUCGGUGGACCAUUAACGCCCACUACAGGAAAAACAUUCGCCCGAAGGAAAGAACUUGAUGGAUUAUAUAUAGGUGCUCCAAGUUUGAAACCAGAAUUCAUAGCUUUGGUGAAUGCGAAUGCGAAGGAAGGGUGAAUCUGUCAACUUGUGAAAUCUGUUGUACGUUUAGCCUGUUCUUCAAUGGAUCCGAUGUCUUCAAAUGAUAGUACGAUUUUCAUGUAUAAUAAUCUACAAAGAUUAUUAACAAUCUUCUUAUUAUUUUAUCCA